CCACGGCGGUAUUAAAGCGCUCGGUUGCUCGCCGUCGACGGUAGUGUUCGCCUGCGCAGCGGCGCGUUGCGUUGCUUUGUGUCGUGCGGUAAAACGUGUACCCGAAAGUUCUGAGAGACACGAGCCCUACUUGCGACAGUGUCACAAGGUCCCCAAACCAUUCCUUGAACGUCGUCCAAAAAAGAAACGAGUCGAACGGACCAAAGGGGGAGUGCCUACCUGCCACGAGAGUGGUAUUGUAAAGAAGCUAAACGAACUCUGCUUGUGAAAAAGAACGAGAGAAAGAGAAAGAGCGAGAGAGAGAGAGAGAGAGAGAGAGAGAGAGAGAGAGAGAGAGAGAGAGAGAGAAAGAGCAAGGAACGAAAAAAGGAUAGAACAGAAGAGAAGACAGAGUGAGAGAUAUACACGAAUUUACACAGGACGCGUCCGUCUUCUCGGAAGAAAAUGGCCUCGUGGUUCGAGGUGAUCCUCAUCUGCUGCAUUCUCGUGCUGCCGUUCCUCUACGAGACCAGCCGCACGUUUCGCUACCACUUCAAGUUCUUCAUAUAUUACUUCACCGUGUUAUUCAACGCAUUGUGGCUACUGCCCAUUUUUGCAUUGCGGCCUCGCAACGUCAAAAAUUUCGUGCUCGCAUCGUGGUUUUGCCAUUAUAUCAGCCCUCUACUGGGACUGCGCUGGGAGCUGCGAGGAAGAGAACAUCUAGAAAAAGAUAGAGCCUGCAUAAUAGUGGCAAAUCAUCAAAGUUCGCUGGAUAUUCUAGGGUUAUUUGAUCUGUGGCCAGUGAUGGAGAAAUGUACUGUUGUGAGCAAAAAGGAGCUCUUUUAUGCGUGGCCUUUUGGCCUCUCCACAUGGUUAUGUGGUUUGAUCUUUAUUGACAGGAUGAAUUCCGAGUCUGCACGAUCUGUUCUCAACAAUGCCGCGCAGCAGCUCAAGGAUAAAAAGGUAAAACUGUGGAUAUAUCCCGAAGGGACCAGGCGCAACACCGGCGAAAUUCAUCCGUUCAAGAAGGGUGCCUUCCACGUAGCUAUCAAAUCACAGGUACCCAUACUACCGGUCGUAUUCUCUUCCUAUUAUUUCCUGUCUGCAGCAGAGAAGAGGUUCGAUACUGGACGUAUUCUCGUUACGACGUUACCUCCGAUUUCUACCGAGGGACUCAGCACGAACGACGUGGAGGAUCUGAUGCAGAGAACACGGGACGCCAUGUGUGAGGUGUUCCACGCCGUGAAUCUGGAAAAUCAGACAUAUUUAGCGCGGUAAACCGCGUACCGGACAACUGCAAUCUGGACGAAUUGUAACCAGUAACAACCUCGUCUCACGGGAAUACAUACGAUAUUAGCGAUGUAAGUCUUUACGCGGGAACCAAAGACUAAGCAUCUGCUUCUGGUCUUCUUUCUUAUGUUGUUAUUAUCAUUAUUAUUAUCGUCGUCAUUAUUAUUAUUUUAUAAUUAUUAUAAAUAUUAUUCUAAUUUGUAUUAUUAACAUCCUCGCCGCGUAUUCGCGGAUCAGUGGAUUUAGAUAUGGGAAAUUUUAUACGUUGAUUAUUUAUUGUUAGUUGCGUGGGAAUCGGGGUUAGAGGGAGAUUUAGAUGGUUGUUCUGCAACCUUCGUCUUGCAAUCAAUCCCUACGCCGAGUGAUAGUUCCUUGUCUCUCGGUGCACGCGUGAAUGAGUUGUUUCUGUUCGCGAACGACUUUUUCUAAGCUAAGCUGUGUUAAAUCUCCAAACAGAUAGAGAAACAGUGUACACGUGUGCGUGUAUGGUACAGUAAGUACGUAUAGUCAUACGAAAGUCAUACAUCGUUGAUAAAAGGAUUAUAAACGUCGUUCUUAAUUAGUUAGGUGUAAUUUAAAACGCGAGGGUCGUCGAGGAAAAGAUAUACAGCACUCUCUUUAUCGUUAGGGGCGAAUAGUGAGAUAAUAAAGAGAGAGACGAAUUUUUGACACGUACAUCAUGAUUUUUCAUAGAUUAUGAAUUGUAAAUAUAAUUCUCGUUAGAGUGCAUUUUAUAAAUUGUGGGAACAUUGUUAGCGUUUAUACUUAAUAAUAGAUCGUACUAAAUUACAUCAUUAGAUAUAUUUUGCUAUAUAAUGUACGCUUGUACACUCCCACUUGUCUGUUAAUUAUGCUUCCACUUGUUUCCAUAUGGUUGUCCAUAAAGAUUAAAAUACAUACAACUUGGGGAUUACAAAAGUGCACUUUAAUUUAAACUUUUUAAUGAAAUGAAGAAGAGAAUUAAAAAAAAAGAGAGAGAGAAAACGAUUCAAUCAUUACGUUCAUUUGAGAUUCAUUCUAGACGAUUCUCUGAAUAAGGAUAUUUCUUUGCAAUUUUUAACCGCUCGUUGGUUGUCGAGCAUCGUUUUUUAGUAUAUUAUCGGAGAUAAUGCGAAUAAAAUUUAUAUAUACAGACAAAAGCAAAAAGCAAUGUAUUUUGUCUCAAGUACGAUUGCAUUGUGUUACAAUGUACAUAAAUCAGACUGCUGAAAUCUGAUUAUAAAUCUACGUUUGGUUGCGAUUACGAUGUGAAGUGUCAUGAUAUGUCUUACGACUCUCUUGACAUUAAACUUUCUUAGUUUUUGGGCAUUCCGCACAAAUAGUGCGUUUAAUUAUAUAAUUACGACUUGUUGCCUACAUGGUUAUAACAAAGAUAUAAUAACGAAACCAACACUUUUUUACGUUUGGUUUCUUUAUAGAACUGUGUUCAAUUCGUUUUUCUUCCGAUAUCAUUAUUAAAAUUGGAUAUUAUCGUUUUUAAUCGACGCACCUUGUUUUAUAUUAUAUAGCCUAAUGAAAGGUCACAAUACUUUUUUCGACAAAUUUUGCAGUGCAUUCUAUGUUCAAUUGAAAAUAAAAUUUUUUAAGAAUAAGAAAAAUUUUCCUAUUGAAUACGUUAUUAUUUCGUUACAUAGAAAAUUCAUCGAAAAAAAAUGUGAUUUUUAAUAAGCCGACAGUAUAGAAUAAAGAGAAAGAAAUACGUGUGAUGCAGAACUAUAAGCGUUCGUUCACACAUAGUCACAGAUCUGUAUCCUAUAAUGCAACGUUUAUUUAUUCACUUACAGUAAGACAUGAGAAUUUUUUUUUUUUUUUUAGAUAAUUUAACGGGUAAAAUUCUCAUAUUAUGGUGCAACGUUUGUAAUCUGUGUUUAAAAUUUACGUCAAGCAUUUUGUAUGUCAUUCUCUACUAAUCACAUGAUAGUUGUGACACAAGUCGAAGACGUUACCGAAUAGCACGAUAAGAAUAAAUUUAUGUUUGUUAAAAUGGAUGUAGCUAGUUUAUCGCGUCGACUUUUAGUAUUUUUUCGUAAUCUGUAAAUCGUGAUGUUCGGACACUAAAUCUAAACGGACACUAAAUUUAUUUGAAAGAAAAAAAAAACAGAUAAGUCGAAGAUAACGUUUAACGUUUAGUAUAAGAUAAACGCGCAUUUUAAUUGUACUAUGGGUCUUGGUUCAUACUGGCACAGUGCGAUCGACAUUGGUUGUGU